AUGAGUGUUGGAGGAGAUGGGCUCUUCAUCUUCAGCCUGUCUGUGGGCCUGGCGUGCUUGUUUGGCUUCUGUCGUAAUGGGUGGCUUCACCUUGCCGCCUGUGUGGGCAGCGGGGAUCCCUGCUGGAGCCGCGCCACCAUUCAACCUCGCCUGUCAGUGGACGAUGUUCCGCCUUACUUCAAAAUGGACCCUCCCCAGACCCAGGUUCAUUUGGAGGGGAAUCGCCUGGUACUGACUUGCAUGGCGGAGGGAAGCUGGCCGUUGGAAUUCAAAUGGAUUUAUAAUGGGACAGAAUUGACUAAAUUCUCCUUGGAAUACAGGUACUUGAUCCCGACACUGGACCGAAAGAAUGCCGGACACUACCGUUGCAUUGUGAGGAACCGAGUGGGCGCCAUUAUGCAAUGCAGCACCGAAGUGCAAGUCGCCUAUAUGGGGGGUUUUGUGGAGGUGGAGCGCUCGCAGACAGUGUCUCAGGGAGACGGCGCUCUUAUCCAUGCGCCGCGGAUCCACAGCUUCCCCAGGCCUCAGAUCACAUGGUUCAGAGACGGCCGCAAGAUCCCCUCCAGCAGCCGAAUUGCCAUCACGCUGGACAACACUCUGGUCAUUCUGUCCACCGUGGCGCCGGAUGCGGGCAGAUAUUACGCUCAGGCCGUGAACGACAAGAACGGGGAGAACAAAACCAGCCAGCCGGUCACGCUCACGGUGGAAAAUGUGGGAGGACCGGCAGACCCUAUAGCCCCUUCUAUCAUCAUCUCACCAAAGAACACCAGUGUGACUGUGGGGAGAAAUGAAGCUGUCAUGGAGUGUGUUGCCAAUGCAAGGCCUCUUGUCAAAAUGAGUAUCACUUGGAGGAAGGAUGGCGUAACGAUCAACACCGGAAUCCGGGAUUUUGGCCGCAGACUGGUCAUCAGCUUGCCUGCAGUUAGCGAUAGUGGCUACUACGAGUGCGAGGCGUCACUCAAGAGCAGCAGUGUGCCCUCCGUCACUGCUGGAGCUUAUCUGCGUGUUCUCGAAUACCCGCUCUUUGUGAAGGAGCCACCCAGUCAUAUCAGUGCAGAGAUGGAGAAGGUGGUGGACAUCCCCUGUCAGGCACGUGGAACGCCUCAGCCUGACAUAGUGUGGUACAAAGAUGCCGUGCUUAUCAGCCCGGUGAAAAUCCCCCGCUACAAGGUUCUGGGAGGAGGCAGUCUCCAGAUCAACGGGCUCCUACCAGACGACACAGGGAUGUUCCAGUGCUUUGCCCGCAAUCGAGCUGGAGAGAUACAGACCAACACCUAUCUCGCUGUUACAAGCAUCGCCCCUAACAUCACCGCCGGACCCGUUGACAGCGCGGUGAUUGACGGCAUGUCUGUCAUUCUGCACUGCGAGACCUCGGGAGCGCCGCGACCAGCCAUCACCUGGCAGAAAGGUGAACGUGUCUUGGCCAGUGGUUCGGUCCAGCUGCCCCGGUUCACGCUGUUGGAGUCCGGCAGCCUGCUAAUUAGUCCCUCCCACCUGUCUGAUGCUGGAACCUACACCUGCAUGGCCAGCAACUCCAGGGGCAUCGACGAGGCUUCAGCUGACCUCCUGGUCUGGGCACGUACACGCAUCACCAAAGUCCCACAGGACCAGAGUGUCAUCAAAGGGACCAAGGCCGUAAUGACUUGUGGUGUGACCCAUGACCCCAGCGUCACGGUCAGGCAUGUGUGGGAGAAGAGUGGCGCGCUGAUUGAUGUGAACACGUCCCCGCGCCUGAGGCUGGACCCCGAUGGGACCCUGCACAUCUCCCAGACGUGGUCGGGCGACAUCGGGACCUACACCUGUCGCGUGACAUCAGUGGGGGGCAAUGACUCCCGCAGCGCGCACCUCCGAGUCAGGCAAUUGCCCCAUGCUCCAGAAAACCCAAUAGCUGUUCUGAGCAGCGCCGAGAAAAGGGCCAUCAAUCUAACCUGGGCCCAGGCUUUUGAUGGGAACAGCCCCCUGAUCCGCUACAUCCUGGAGGUGUCAGAAAACAAUGCCCCGUGGACCGUGCUGUUGGCGAGCAUUGAACCUGAGUCUACCGGCGUGACAGUGGGCGGCCUCAUUCCCGCUCGGUCUUACCAGUUUCGACUUUGUGCUGUCAACGAUGUGGGCAGAGGCCAGUUCAGCAAAGAAACUGACCGACUAACUUUGCCAGAGGAACCUCCCAGUUCUCCCCCGCAGACCGUCAUGGCGAGCGGCCGCACAAAUCAGUCCAUCCUGAUCCAAUGGCAGCCUCCCCCAGAGAGCCACCAGAACGGCCCUCUGCAGGGCUACAUCAUCAGGUAUUGUUUGUCGGGGCUUCCGGUGGAUUGCCAAAAGAAGAAUAUAACAAACCCAGACCAGAGCAGCCUGCUCCUGGAGGACCUCAUCAUUUGGACAAACUAUGAGAUAGAAGUGGCAGCUUAUAACGGAGCGGGCAUCGGGACGUACAGCCACAAAGUCACCGAGUGGACCCUACAAGGAGUGCCCACUGUACCACCAGGAAAUGUUCAAGCUGAAGCUGUCAACUCUACAACUGUGCGUUUCACCUGGAGCGCCCCGAGCCCCCAGUUUAUCAAUGGAAUCAACCAAGGCUACAAGCUUCUGGCCUGGGAGCCCACUCGUCCAAACGAGGUCUCAGGCAUGAUAGUGCGUCCCAACUUCCAGGACAGCGUUCACGUCGGCUACAUCUCCGGUCUUAAAAAAUUCACCGACUAUUACUCCUCCGUGCUUUGCUUCACCACCCCUGGGGACGGCCCACGCAGUAUUCCGCAGCGCGUCCGAACCCACGAGGACACCCCUGGAGCUGUGGGCCAUCUAAGCUUUACGGACAUCUUGGACACAUCACUAAAAGUCAGCUGGAAAGAGCCACAAGAGAAAAAUGGCGUCCUUACAGGUUACCGGAUAUCAUGGGAGGAGUUCAACCGCACCAACACCCGGGUGACCCAUUAUUUGCCCAAUCUGACACAGGAUUACAAGGUCACAGGCCUGACAGCGCUCACCACAUACACUAUUCAAGUGGCGGCCAUGACCUCCAAGGGACAGGGCCAGAUCUCUGCCUCCACCAUAUCCUCCGGGGUGCCCCCAGAGUUUCCGGGUCCUCCUACCAACCUCGCCGUCUCCAACAUUGGCCCCCGCUCUGUCAUGCUGCAGUUCAAACCAGGUUACGACGGAAAAACAUCCAUCUCCCGUUGGCAGGUGGAAGCUCAGAUCGGAAUAAUAGGCGAGAAUGAAGAGUGGUUGCUGGUACAUGAAGUGACUAAUGAGCCUGACGCCAGAUCUCUCAAUGUGCAAGACUUGAAUCCAUUUACUUUCUACAGGUUCAGAAUGAGUCAAGUGAACAUAGUGGGUCCAAGUCCUCCCAGUCAGCCAUCCAGGAAGAUCCAGACCCUCCGAGCUCCUCCAGACAUCUCUCCGGCCAACGUGACCCUGCGCACAGCGAGCGAGACCAGUCUGUGGCUGCGCUGGGUGCCUCUUCCAGAGUGGGAGUACAACGGUAAUCCAGACUUGGUUGGAUACAGACUGCAGUACUCAAAGGCCGGCUCUAAAGGAGGCGUCCUAUCUCAUGUCAUAAUGGACCGACUGGAGAGAGAGUUCACCAUUGAAGACUUGGAGGAGUGGACGGAGUAUGAAGUCCGAGUGCAAGCGAUGAAUGGCGUCGGGUCAGGUCCGUGGAGUCAGGCGGUGGUCGGGAGAACAAGGGAAUCUGUGCCCUCCUCUGGCCCCCAAAACGUGUCAGCCUUUGCCACCACCUCCAGCAGUAUCCAGGUGCGCUGGGGCGAAGUACCGGAGCAGGACCGCAAUGGCCUGAUUCUGGGCUACAAGGUUGUGUUUAAGGAGAAAGACUCAGAUAUGAUUCCCAAUUUUUGGACAGUGGAUGGCAACACUAGCCACAGCGUUCUGUUGACGGAACUGGGGAAGUAUGUUCUAUAUGAAAUACAAGUGGUGGCCUUCACACGUAUUGGAGAUGGACGCAGCAGCCAGCCUCCCAUUCUGGAGAGAACUCUUGAUGAUGUGCCUGGUCCACCUGUGGGUAUUUUAUUCCCAGAAGUCAGAACCACUUCAGUCAGACUAAUCUGGCAACCCCCUGCUCAGCCUAAUGGCAUCAUUCUGGCCUAUCAGAUCACAUAUCGGAGAAACUCUUCAAACAGCAACGGCGCCACAGUAGACGUGUUGAGCCCCAGUGCGCGACAGUACACAGCCACUGGUCUUAAGCCCGAGACGGUUUAUGUAUUUCGACUCACUGCGCAAACACGCAAAGGCUGGGGCGAAGCUGCCGAGGCCCUGGUCGUCACUACAGAGAAGAGAGCCCGACCCCAGCCCACCAGUCGCCCUGUGGUCCCCCAACAGAACGUCCAGGCUCGCAGGGUGCUGUUGUCAUGGGAACCGGGCAGCGAUGGCUUGUCCCCUGUUCGCUACUACACCGUCCAGUACAGGGAGCUGCCGGACAGUAACUGGACUGUGCACUCGGCCUCCGUCAGCCACGAGACGACCUCCUACAUCGUGGACCGGUUAAAACCCUUCACUUCUUAUCAGUUCCGUGUCAAAGCGACUAAUGACAUUGGAGACAGUGAAUACAGCCAGGAGAGCGAGGCAAUUACCACGCUACAAGACGUUCCUGACAAAGCGCCGACCAUUUUAGCUGUUACUCCACACACUACAACGUCUGUGCUCGUCCGGUGGAAGUCGCCCACAGAGGACCACAUCAACGGAGUUCUACUGGGAUACAGAGUUCGCUACAGAGAACUACACUACGACCGGCUGCGGACUUUCUCUGUCCGAACCGUCAACAACCCUGCCAACUGGGCUGACCUCGCUGCUCCCUACAGCAUCAGGAACCUCAGUGAGUCCUCGCUGACCCAAUACGAGCUGGACAAUUUGAGCAAACAUAAGCGAUACGAGAUCCGACUUAGUGUGUACAAUGCGGUGGGGGAGGGUCCCAGCAGUGUGCCCCAGGAAGUGUUCGUCGGGGAGGCCGUUCCUACGGCACCUCCUCAAAACAUUGUGAUCCAGUCUUCCACCGCUACCCAGCUGGACGUCACUUGGGACCCCCCACCUCCGCACGCUCAGAACGGAGACAUACAAGGCUACAAGAUCUAUUUCUGGGAGUUUCAGCUGCAGAAUGAGACGGAGCGUUUGCGCACACUCUUCCUGCCUGAGCUUGGGGUGAAGCUUAAAAACUUGACAGGUUACACCACCUACAUGAUCAGCGUGGCAGCCUUCAAUGCCGCAGGGGAUGGGCCGCGCUCCCUGCCCACCAGAGGGCGCACUCAGCAAGCAGCCCCCACAGCUCCGGGCUUCAUUCACUUUAGCGAGCUGACCACCACUUCUGUCAACGUGUCGUGGGGAGAGCCCAAGCAGGCCAACGGCAUCAUCGAGAGCUACCGGCUGGUUUAUGAGCCGUGCUCGCCAGUCGAUGACUCCUCUCCUCGCACUCCAGGUGUCAGCAAGAUAGUUACGGUAGACGUGAAGGCCAACGCCCCUCUGUGGAUGAAACUGAAAGACCUCGCCGAUGGAGUCACCUAUAAUUUCCGAAUCCGGGCCAAAACUCUGACGUACGGCCCUGAAGUGGAGGCUAAUAUCACCACCGGGCCUGGAGAAGGAGCCCCGGGUCCACCUGGAGAACCCUUUAUCGCUCGACAUGGUACAGGCCUCACUCUGCACUGGACCAGCGGAGAGCAAGGCCGCGCUCCUAUCACACGAUACGUCAUUGAAGCCAGGCCCUCGGAUGAAGGACUGUGGGAUAUUCUCAUCAAAGACAUCCCAAAAGAAGCUACAUCCUACACAUUUAACCUGGAGUUAUUAAAAGAAGGCGUAACAUAUGACUUUCGAGUAAUUGCUGUUAAUGACUACGGAUAUGGCUCCCCCAGUGCCCCCUCCCCCUCCAUCUCAGCUCAGAAAGUUUCCCCAUUCUACGAGGAGUGGUGGUUCCUGGUUGUGAUCGCACUAGUGGGCCUUAUCUUUAUCUUGCUGCUAGUUUUUAUACUCAUCAUUCGUGGCCAGAGUAAGAAGUACACCAAGAAAAAUGAUUCAGGUAACCACUCCAACUGCACCUCGCUGCCUCUCACCCACGGAGAGAUGGUGCGCAUGGACGAGGGCCGCUUCCCAACCCUGGAGCUCAACAACAGACGCCUCUCUGUGAAAAACUCCUUCUGCCGCAAGAAUGGCAUCUACACACGAUCGCCCCCCAGGCCCAGUCCCGGCAGCCUGCACUACUCCGAUGAAGAUGUCAGCACCAAAUACAACGACCUGAUCCCCGCAGAGAGCAGCAGCCUCACAGAGAAGCCGUCCGAGAUAUCCGACUCCCAGGGCAGUGACAGUGAGUAUGAGAUGGACCAGAGCCGGCAGAAGACUCACUCCUUUGUGAACCACUACAUCAGUGAUCCCACUUACUACAACUCGUGGAGACGGCAGCCGAAGGGUGUGUCCCGCCCUCCAGCGUAUGGCUACGCACAGCCCGAACCUCUGGUGGAGCAGGAGUCCAGACCACUGCCCCCUCCAGUGCCCCCCCUGCCCCCUCUCCCCCCACUGCUGCCUCAGAGUGCCUCCACACCACAGCCCCAGGGCCAGGGCACCCUGUUCAGGCCCAAAGGCAGCCGGACUCCCACCCCCUCCCUGCUGUCGUCUGAACCGCUGAGUCAGCACAGCACCCUGUACCGGCCCCCCAGCAGCCUGGGCUGUGCUCAGACGCCCAGCGCCGGCUUCUCCUCCUUUGUUUGA